GUGCCCAUCAUCAACCAUCCGUUUGCUCCUGCACCUCCCUUAUCGCGGUGGAUUGGCCUCGUCUCCUCUAUCUUGUUGGCCGCCCAUCUCGACUCUCCAAACUCUCAGCUCCCUCCCUCGCACACGCCGUUCUCGAAUGGCGGCCACCUCCGGCCUCACGGCCACCGUUACCUCCCCUCCGGCCGCCCUUAGAACCUCGCCUCCUCCCGUUCUCUUCCUCCGCCCCAUCUCUCGCUGCUCCAGGCUCCAUUCCCUCAAGGCCAAGGCAGCAGCAAAGGACCAGGACGAAAAGAAGCCCGAAGCUACCAAAAAGAAGGCAUACAGUCUUGUUUGCACUGCCUGCGAAGGGAACGGCGCAAUCGCAUGCACCCAAUGCAAGGGAGGUGGGGAGAAUUUGGAAGACCAUUUCGGUGGCCGAUUCAAAGCUGGAGGAUUAUGCUGGCUUUGCAGAGGAAAGCGUGAAAUUCUAUGUGGGAGCUGCAAUGGCGCUGGCUUCUUGGGUGGAUUUAUGAGCACUGCCGAUGACACUUCCGAAUGAAAUGCUUAUGUUGUUAUUUUUUUUUGCUUAUGUUGUGUUUGACAAAUUUUGGGAGAUCUGUAACAUUUUUACUUAUAUCCCCUCCAAGGAAUGUGUCCCUUAGAACAUUUAUUGCAUUUAAUAAUUGUAUAUUUUUUUAUU